ACGAGGCGCCGCACCCUUCGUCUGCCCGGCGAGCUCGGGACACGAACUAGCGCCACGAGCGCCCGGCCGGUCCACGCGCCUCCCCCGCGCACCCUGCCCCCAGCGUCGCUCGUUGCCCCGCCAACUCCGCGCAGCGCGCAGAUGUCCAACCGGCGCAUUAAUCAGUUCGCCCAUCCUCUCCUCUUCUCGCUCGCCCACCCUCUCUCUCUUUCUCUCUCUGGCGCGUCUCCCGCCUCCGAUGAGGUAGUGUUUCUUUCUCCUAGUAUUAAAUUGGUUACUGCAUGUGAAUGUGCAAGGCCCAUCGUCAGGAUCAAUUCAUUUUCUUUUUUGAAUCAAGUCUGUCCUUACCUGUACCCUUUGUAACAAUGCGCUUCUUUGCCGUAUAAUUUGUGCGUUUGUGUUGUUAGAGUCGGUAAAUCCUCUGAUUCAUCUUAGCCAAAUUGAAAAGAAAAGAAAAUCCUCUAAUAACCUAGGCCAUUCCUCCAGCCAUAUGGAUACAGGAGCUUGGUUAGGUAAUUGUGAGAAGUAAAUUGGUUCGCUUGAUUACACAAAUGGCUUAAUCACAGAGGCUAAGGAAAUGAAAUUCGGGGCGUGGGGCCUUGAAUUGGUUCAAUCUUUGUGAAAUGACAGUGGCUUGGAAUAUGUUGGUUAACCUAAACAGGUUCAGAUGAUAUUCUGUUAUCAAGUAGUACUACAUGAAUUAGCAGCUCCGUAAUGAUUCUAAAUUGCAUCGUAACGCUCUCUUUUGCCUUUACUCUUGCAUAAUCAGAUCCCUAAUUUAUACUAAGAUGCUAAAUAUAUUGAUUUGACUGCGUUGCUAAUUAUGAUCGCGGAAUCAGAUUCUUGCUACGGAUGGAUUGCUGAUACAAACAAAUUGGAUAGUAAAAGUUGUUUACAAAACUGGAUUUGUGAACUAGGUUCAGUCUAUUAAAUGAGACUAGGAAGUUAUUAGACAAACAUAUGGAAUUAUGAAUUUGCUAGGCUUCCACAAACAAAAUUCAAGUGGAGGAAGGAUUACCAAUACAAUCUGGUGAAAUUUGGUACACCUCUUUUUUUUUUUUUUUUUGAUCCAAUGCUCAUGUUCCCAACCCAGCCGAUAGGAAUUAGGAUCUUAUGUUACUUAGACAUUCCUAAAAUCCUGUUGGAGCUUGCGUCAAAAACAGAUAACUGAAACUGAAUGCUGUUGCACAACCAAGGGAUUCAGGGCCCCUGUGGGAAACAUUGUAGAAUGUCUCCUAUUUUCGUUUUUGUGGCUGUUUGUGAAUGCAUCUUCUCAAAAAUGAGUGUACUCUGCAGUUAUCAUUUGCAUAAGCUAUAAACAUCACAGCACCCUUCAAUUUGAUCUGGCUUGCAAAGGAUGUGUUCUCCAGGGUAACAACACUCUGAUAAAAUCUGGUGGAUUUUUCUCAUUGCCUUGAUAAAAUGGGGAAAAACUCUGCUGAAUCUGGGGCAAGUAUGCUCUUACAUGGAGAAUUGGACAUACAGAUAGUUGAAGCAAAAUGCCUACCCAAUAUGGAUCUCAUGACUGAAAGGAUGCGAAAAUGCUUCACUGGGUAUGGAGCUUGCAGCACUGAAUGUGGGAAUUCUGAUCCACACCCAGACAUGAGAAAGAUCAUUACUAGUGAUCCGUAUGUUUCAGUUUGCCUCUCAGGAGCAACGGUGGCACAAACUCGAGUCAUUGCGAACUCGGAGAACCCUAAAUGGGAUGAACACUUCUACAUUCAAGUUGCUCAUUCAGUUAGCAGAGUUGAGUUUCAUGUAAAGGACAAUGAUGUUUUUGGGGCAGAGCUUAUUGGUGCGGCUUCAAUACCUGUUGAACACAUCACAACAGGGGAUAUGGUCAGUGGCUGGUUUCCAAUUGCUGGUCAGUACAGUAAUCCUAUGAAGCCAUCUCCUGAGUUGCAUUUGUCUAUCCAGUAUAAGCCAAUUGAGCAGAAUCCAUUAUACAAGGAUGGAGUUGGUGCUGAUGGUGGUCAGAGUGUUGGUGUUCCAAAUGCUUAUUUUCCUCUUAGGAAGGGUGGUAGGGUCACUCUAUAUCAAGAUGCUCAUGUUCCUGACGAUUUCCGACCUCAAAUUGAAAUUGAUGGUGGGAGGACAUAUGAACAAAACAAAUGCUGGGAAGAUAUUUGCCAUGCCAUUAUUGAGGCUCAUCACCUUAUCUACAUAAUCGGCUGGUCCCUAUAUCACCCUGUCAAGCUUGUAAGGGAAUCAACAAAACCUUUUCCCAAUGGAACCCCAUUAACCAUAGGGGAACUUUUGAGGAGCAAAGUUCAAGAAGGAGUCCGUGUUAUCGUGUUGCUUUGGGAUGACAAAACAUCACAUGACAAAUUCCUUUUGAAAACGGAUGGACUCAUGCAUACACAUGAUGAGGAAGCUCGGAAAUAUUUCAGGCAUUCAGGUGUGCAUUGUGUGUUGGCUCCUCGCUAUGCUAGCAACAAACUUAGCAUUUUUAAGCAACAGGUUGUAGGAACUUUGUUUACUCACCAUCAAAAAUGUGUCAUUGUAGACACCCAAGCCACAGGAAACAACAGAAAAAUAACUGCUUUUAUUGGUGGUCUAGACUUGUGUGAUGGCAGAUAUGAUACACCUGAACACAGGCUCUUCAAGGAUCUAGAUACUGUUUUCAAGGACGAUUUCCACAAUCCCACAUUCCCUGUUAAUAAGUAUGGACCCAGACAGCCAUGGCACGAUUUACAUUGCAAAAUUGAGGGUCCAGCUGCAUAUGAUAUACUGACAAACUUCGAACAGAGAUGGAGAAAAUCUGCAAAAUGGAAAGUCAGUGUCAGAAGAGCUGUAAGUUGGCAUCAUGAUACGUUGGUAAAAAUAAAUCGGAUGUCAUGGAUAGUUUCACCCGCCGCAGAUGAACUAAAUGCACAUGUUUGCGAUGAAAAAGAUCCUGAAAACUGGCAUGUACAGGUUUUCCGGUCAAUCGAUUCAGGUUCGGUAAAGGGAUUCCCAAAACUUGUUCAAGAGGCUGAAUCCCAGAAUCUUGUCUGUGCAAAGAAUCUGCAGAUAGACAAGAGCAUACACAAUGCAUAUGUAAAAGCGAUAAGAUCCGCACAACACUUUAUCUAUAUUGAAAAUCAGUAUUUUAUUGGAUCUUCGUACUACUGGUCUUCACAAAGAAGUGCAGGUGCUGAGAACCUAAUACCAAUUGAAUUGGCCAUAAAGAUUGCAAGAAAGAUUAAGGCAAGGGAGCGAUUUGCAGCUUACAUUAUUAUACCCAUGUGGCCUGAAGGCAACCCGACAACUGCUGCUAUGCAGGAGAUCCUCUAUUGGCAGGGGCAUACCAUGUCCAUGAUGUACAAGAUUGUCGCCGAUGCUCUCCGAAAGGAGGGGUUACAUGAAAGCCAUCCACAGGAGUACCUGAACUUCUACUGCCUUGGUAAGCGUGAAGUCUCAAAUGAUGUUCCGACGACAAGCCAUUCCAGUGAGAACUCUACACUGAGGUUGGCCCAGAAGUUCAGGAGGUUCAUGAUCUACGUACACUCGAAAGGGAUGAUUGUCGACGAUGAGUACGUUCUCAUCGGAUCAGCCAACAUAAACCAGAGGUCCAUGGACGGGUCACGGGACACCGAGAUCGCCAUGGGUGCCUACCAGCCUCACUACAGCUGGGCAGGAAGCAGCAGCCCUCCACGAGGACAGGUGUACGGGUACAGGAUGUCUCUCUGGGCGGAGCACCUUGGCACGGUGGAGGAGUGCUUCCAGCGGCCGGAGUCCGCGGAGUGCGUGCGGCGGGUGAACCAGAUGGCGGACGAUAACUGGGCGUGCUACGUCUCGCCAGAGAUGGUGGAGACGAGGGGCCACCUCUUGAAGUACCCCGUGAGGGUCGACCAGGACGGGAGGUUGGGACCGCUGCGCGGGCAAGAGAGCUUCCCGGACGUCGGCGGCAAGGUGCUCGGCACGCACUCCUCCCUCCCCAACGCGCUGACGACGUGAACGUGGCUGGAGCUUGAAGAAGCUCGAAGGUGGCGCUGGGAGUUUAAGGUGCUCGUCCGAAUCAAUUAAAGCGGUGCAACUAGCGCUUGGAACUUGCGAAAUUUAACGUCUGGUGUUUAGCAUUAAGGUUAUUUUAUGUAUAUAUGAUGAAAGAGGCUGUGAGCGAUAUUAUUUUGCGUAAUACUAUGUCCUUUGUGCAUUGCAAUUUGGUUGGGGCUCAAUGCUAUCUUGGUUUGAUAUGUUG